CUUCACGCCGACGGUCAAUAUUUACGUUACAAAUACUAUGGUUGAGAAGUUCCUUUCUAAAAUUGUAACGAAGAUGAGUUGGCAAAACGAAAGCAUAGGUUGGUUUUGCAUAUUUUCAGGACAAAAGACAGUACAUGUAUAUCUAACUGAACGACCAACUACCGACACAAAUCAAGAUAAACAGAAUGGUACAAGUUUAAAAAAGACACUGAUGAAAUUUGCAGAUGCAUUCGAAGAUGGUGAAUUUCAGUUCAGUAUUCAGGGACACUUGAUACAGCUUGACAAAAUGUUUAUGUGUAAAGACAUUAAUUGUGAGGAAACGUACCUUCACCGUAACGCCACAUACCCAGUAAUACCUAGAAGUCAGGAAGAACAAGAACAUGAAAAGCCAAAACCUAAUUUUGCUAUCAUGGAAUUCGGAUUGUUUGUAGGAAUAAUAGUAGCUAUUUUAUUUGUCCUGUGCUUUGUAAGAUGGCUGUGCAAGGUGUUCAAUAAACAACGUGAUACAAAACAUUCCAACAUGGUAAAAAACAAGGAUAAACAUCGGAGAAAGAUAGUUAAAAACAAAAUCGGGAAAGACACUAUGAAGGUCUCCAUUAUACAUGAGAAAAUCCAAGCUUUUUAUAGGAUAUCAGGUAAACAAGGAGAAAAUAGACCAGGUUUCCUAAAUCUUUUCAAAUCUGAAGUAAAAUACCGCAUUAUGGAAGAAUAGAAAAAAAACAUGACUAAACAAAGUAUUUAUAUUUUAGUUGAUGACGUUAUAAUCUUUAUAUUUAUAUAUGAGUUGAUGAUGUAACAAGAUGCAAAAUGGAACUGAUUACUAGAUAUUUUUCAACUUGAUAGUGUGUGGUACUUUAACUGUGCUGUUUAUGGACAAACUGAAACAGGUAGAAGUUUGAAAUUUAU